AUGAAUAAUAUAAUUGAGCUGCGACUUCCAUCGUCAGUUCCGUUUCCAGUUCAUAUCACAGGAAUUGCUAUUAAAGAAGGCGAUGAGCUUGGGAAGCACAAUACCGUGUUGAAGUACAAAUAUUCGGAGUUCCGAGAUGUUACGGAAGACAGGAAUGAGUAUGAUGAAGACUACUCGUACAAACCUCCAAAAAAAGAGAAGUUAGAAUUGAUAGGUAGUUAUGAAUGUCCCGUUGACGGAAUAGUUAAGGACGUUCUGGUAUCUAUAGGCGACGUUGUGGAGAAUAAGGAGUCGGUGAUAGCCACUGUGAUAGAACCGUGUUCCCAUUCUGUUCAGUACGGUGGCCUGUGUGCAUUGUGUGGUUCGGCUGUUGAAGGGAAUGAUUACACAGGGUUUAGUUAUGAUAAGCAAGCUCCGGUGGUCAUGUCCCAUGGAAGUGCAGAUUUAAAGAUAUCCUUGACGGAAGCUGAAAAAAUCGAACAAACGUCAUCUAAACGGCUUUUAAAGGAAAAGAAGCUGAGUUUGGUUGUGGACCUCGAUCAAACAGUUAUCCAUGCUACCGUGGACCCCACUGUUGGCGAGUGGAUGAAGGACCCAAACAAUGCCAAUUAUCCUGCAGUGAAAGAUGUCAGGUCGUUCUCUUUGAAAGAGGAAGUUAUUUUACCAGAGAAUUAUGUUGGACAGAAGCCUCCUGCUACUGUUUGCUGGUAUUACGUGAAACUCAGACCACAUUUGCGGGAAUUCCUGGAACAUGUUUCUGAACGAUACGAACUUCAUAUAUAUACUAUGGCAACCAGACAAUAUGCCAAAGAGAUUGCCAAGAUUAUCGAUCCAGACGAGAAAUACUUUGGUGAUCGUAUACUUUCUCGAGAUGAGAGCGGUUCAUUGACGCAAAAGUCAUUGCAAAGACUCUUUCCUGUGGAUACAUCUAUGGUAGUGGUCAUUGACGAUCGAGGAGAUGUUUGGAAUUGGAGUAGUAAUUUGAUCAAGGUAGUUCCAUACGAUUUUUUUGUGGGGAUCGGUGAUAUCAAUUCUAGUUUUCUUCCACGACAGCAUGCCUUGUUAGGACCAUCUAAGAGGCGGAAAUCGUUGGCCUCAUUAGAGGACCAGAUUAAUGCGGAAAAAGAUUUAAGGGAUCAAUCAUUUCAGAUUGACCCAGAAGAACAGGACAAGGAACUAUCAGAGGAACUGGUGGUAUCGGACGAAAAUAUAUCGGAUUCAAGUAAGGAAAAUGGUGAAGAGAGAGGAGAUUCAAAGGAAACUGCUUCCACUGUGGAUGCGUUGUUAACCAUGAAUGAUGCAAAUGGCAAAACUCUUCGAGAACAAUCAACGGAACAUAACCUGGAAAUUGAACAACAGCAAUCUGAAAGACCCUUAGCUAAGCUCCAGGAAAAUCUGGAAAAAAUAGUACAAACGGAAAGCGAUCAUGAAUCAGCAAACUUACUUUUUGAUGAUGACAAUGAACUGGAGACCUUGGAACAAGCCUUAAUAAGGAUUCACAACGAAUUUUAUUUUGAGUAUGAUGAUUCAAAGGUUGGAAACCCUGAUGUGAAGGAUAUAUUAAAUUCUAUGAAACAACUUGUUUUCAAGGAAUAUACGUUCUUGUUGUCUGGAAUAUUGCCUUUAGGCACCAAGUUAAAUUCUGCGGAUAUUGUCAUUUGGGCCAGGUCGUUUGGGGCCACAGUUGUUGCAGAUUAUGACAAAUCAGUCACACAUGUAAUCACACGCAAUACGGGGACUUUUAAGGUGAAACUGGCCAAGACACUUGAUCCUAACGUGAAAAUUGUUGAUCCUAACUGGCUGUUCAAAUGCAUAUCCUUCUGGGAUAAAGUAGACGAGGAUGAAUAUCUUCUUGAAGUCCCUGAAGACUACCUGCUCCCUGAUCACAUUGUGGAGAAGUACGUUAAUGAGAACAACAUUGAGAAGGGUCAGGACGGAAACGACGCCAGUUUUGAUCUCAAUGUGGAUGACAUGCAAUGGAUCGAUAAGGAACUUGAAGAUUUCCUUAGCGGGGAUGAAAUUGACGAUGACGAAGACGAUAAUGAUGACGACGAAGCAAACGGUACCAAGAAAAGACAUGCAGAAGCUGGAAUUGCUGAUGACGAGGAUACUUCAAAAAGGCUCAAAUUGGAUGAAGAAGAAACAGAUAGUAGUGAGGAUGAACUUGCAAAGGAGAUAAUGCUAGAUAUGGAGAAAGAGUAG